UUCCGGUUUAGCAAGAAGAAUCGGCUACAUUAACCAGCAUGGCACCAGUAAACAGCUCAACUCAUUGGUGUGUACAGGAGCUUCAGAACAACCCCCCUGAAACAUUCCUUGAUGCCUCUGAAGUCCUUGUUAAAGUUGCAACAAAUAUUCUGGACAAUUUUGAGAAUCCUAAAUAUCGAAAUUUGCGCCUAGGAAAUAAGAUGGUACAGAAUAGGCUGCUUCCUGUCACAGGGGCUAUGGAGACUCUUUUUGCUAUGGGAUUCCAAGAGGAUGGUGAAAACUUGACCUUUCCUCUUGGUUCAAAUGUGGAUGAAAUGACUCAAAUACGUAAUGAUUUGGUAAAAGAAAGACUUGUUGCUAUGAAGCAGCAUGAGGCAACGCAACCAGCACAACCAAUUGUCCCAGCUCAAUCACCUUCUGUUGCACCUUCAGCACAAUCACCAAAUAUUCAGGCUUCGGAAAUGAAGUUCUAUGCCAAGUUACAGAACAGCAGUGAGCAUGUGAUGAUAUAUGAAGACCCAGUGCUACAACAGAAGGCAAGGGACACCAUGCCACUUGAUGAUCUCACUGCUCAAGCCAAGAAGACUCUUGAAUAUGCUAAAAAGAAUUGUACAGAUCCCAAAGACCUCCCAGGUCUGCCAGAUUGUCUCCUGUUGGAAUUAAUGAACUGGUUUAAGACAUCGUUUUUCAAGUGGGUUGACCAAGAGCCUUGUGAUUUAUGCAAGGGUAAGACUGUAUCUAUAGGGAUGUUAGAGCCAUCUGUUGAGGAUCUGAAGUGGGGGGCCAGCAGGGUGGAGGGAUAUAAAUGUAAUAGUUGUAAUAGGAUUGUGAAGUUUCCACGUUAUAACCACCCAGGGAAAUUGCUUGAAUCCCGUAAAGGGCGAUGUGGUGAAUGGGCCAAUUGUUUCACAUUGUGUUGUCGUGCUGUGGGUCUUGAGGCUCGCUACGUGCUUGACUGGACUGACCAUGUUUGGACAGAAUAUUAUUCGGAAUCUGCCAAAAGAUGGCUCCAUUGUGAUCCAUGUGAAAAUCAAUGUGAUAAGCCACUGACCUAUGAGCAUGGUUGGGGCAAGAAACUGUCGUAUAUUAUCGCAUUUGCUCACGAUGAUAUCCAAGAUGUCACUUGGAGGUAUUCUGCCAAACACACAGAAGUUCGCUCCCGGAGAAUUGAGUGUCGGGAAGAUUGGUUGGUGAAGACCAUAUUCAAAAUGAGGACAGAGAAACAGAAAAAUAUGAGUGAAGCAAAGAAAAAAAUUAUGCAGGACAGAUUAGUUGUUGAAAUGGUUGAAUUCUUGACUCCGAAGAUUGCGUCUGCUUCAGAAGGUCAAGGUCGCCAGUCAGGGUCCGUUGCAUGGAGGUUAUCAAGAGGAGAAACCAAAACAGAUGCUCAGCCAUAUGUAUUUAAACUUACUGAGAGUGAAAAGCAUGAUAAGGAGUUCUACAUCACAUACAGUGCUGCACUUGAUAAAUAUUGCAGACCCUCUGAGAGAAAUGAGGUCACCAACUCAUGGAGUUCAAUGCUGUCUGAAUGCAAAAACAUCUUCAGAAAAGAGGAGAGAGACUGGAAUAUGGUAUAUCUAGCUAGAACUGAGGGCACCCCUUCUGCAAGUAUAUCAUGGACGCUUGAUUGUUCAGAUUCUGGCCUAGCAGUAGAUAGUAUUGAGAUAUUGGUGUGUAGCAAGACCUAUGAGAAUGGCAAGGUGACAUGGAUUCUGUGUGCUGAUGACCAAUGCAUUCCAGUAGCAGCCAAUAAUAGAAAGACUAUAACUGAAAUGGAAGGAAAGAAGAGAGUAACGUUAACAGCCAAAUUGAGUGGAGGUAACGGGGACUGUGCCUGGCAACACACCCAGUUGUUCAGACAACCAAUAGAUGCAACAGAGACCCCAUUCGAACUGAAAGUGACUUUGAUAUAACAGACUUGAUUUAUGUUAUAAAAUAUAGGCAAUGUAAAUCAAAUGAUAUGAGGAGUGGUGCCAAUUGAAUUUAAUUCAUCAUCAUCAGACCAUUAAUUUGGUGAAUGAUGGGGGGGGGGGUGGCAUUAAAAUCCAGUUGCACAGCUAUUUAAAUAUGUUCAAAAUAAUUGAAUGGUAUAUUGUUGAACCAUGUAUGUAUUCCUGCAGUCAUAAAAUACAUUGACAGAUCAAUAUGCUCAACUUUAGGAGGCCAACAACUUUAUCAAGUUAAUAUGGCACUGGCCAAUGGACCAGCCAUUGAAAACAACCCUGGAUAUAAAUUCAGAUCAUUUUGUAUGAAAUGCAGUACCAGUGUGAGACAAUGACAGAGGAGGGAAAUAUCCCAGAAUUCAUAGAUGAACAUAUUUCCAUGUAAAGAUGAAC